CGAGGGCUUGCUUAGGCGGAUUACGUAGGCACCGGGGUUCAUUAAGUCUGCGGCCCACCACGCCCGCCCAAAAACCCCAUCCCCUGCGGCUGGCGUUACAAAGAGAGGCGGUGCGAAAGCCUCGCUGCCAAAUUCCAAUACGGUUCGACGCGCACGCCCCCUUCUCCUCUUUGUCCCUCGCGCCUGGAAAAGAGAGAAUCUUCUCUCUCCGAUGGCAUCGUGGUGGUGCCUCUCCGCCGUCGGCCGCCACCCCCCUCGCCUACCCGUCGCCGGCGGCGUUCGGGAUCCUGGGCGUUUCGCCGCCAGAGGAGCGGAGGUGGCCUCCCUCUCUCCCCGCUUCUCCAGAGGGUUCAAGAGGAGUCUCGUGGUCUGCAUGGCCCCAGAGGAAGAGAAGAUAACCCGCCGUUCCCCUCUCGAUUUCCCCAUCGAGUGGGAAAGGCCAAAGCCUGGAAGGAGACCCGAUAUAUUCCCCCAAUUUAGCCCAAUGAAAACUCCAUUGCCACCUCCCUUGCCGGCAGACCCUCCUGAAGAGGAUGAGGAAGAGGAAGAAGAAAAGAAAGAGGAAGAAGAGGAAGAUCCUGAUAAGGAAGAUCCUGAUAAACCGGAGAGCAGCAGCCUUAGAAAUAAUAGGAUAUUGGUGCCCAGCAAUAGAGUCAGUUUGUGAGGAAGGUUACUUCAAAUGUCAAUCGGAGGGGAAUGCUACAUCCGCACCCUUGCACUAGCCAGCCAUCUAGUUGCCGACUUUCGGCAAUUGUUGGCUAUUAUUGUGGGUGAAAGUAUAUUAAUAUCAAAAUUUUGAGGUUAUGCUGGUUGACUAAAGAUGUAUCUUUAUAGAUUAGAUCGAUGAUGAUUUGUUAUUUUUUUUUCAGUUUAAAUUUUCUUUUUGUCAUUACGAGUUGUGUUAAAAGGGCUGCUACCAUAACAGACGGUAGUGAAUAUAUUCUGCUUACAAUAACUGUGCAACAACUGAUCAGGUACAGUCAAAUCACAGCAAUCUCAGUGGAGACGAUACCUAAAUGAAUCAUGCUGUUGGUUUAUCACAGUUUAAUGUGGAA